GAGAGAGUGAGUUAGACAGAGAGAGACAGAGGGAGACGGGGGGCAGUGGGCGGAGCCAGGAAUCCACGGAGCGGCGUAAACUAAGUUGUCAGAAAAGACAAGCAGCGGCUCCGGGAACAACUUGUCGAAAUCUCCGCUGACUUUUUUUCUUUCCCGGAACAGAAGCGACGGAAACAAACGCCAGUGAAAGAGAAGGAACCACGGCGGCGGGAAUGAAGUAGGACGGAAGGAGGCGAGGUGGCCCGAACAGGAGUGACCGUGGAGAGAGGAGCAGCGGAGGAGCGAGAGAAGGAGGAACCAGGAGCGACAGCGUGAGCCACAGGUAACCCGUCCCCGUGCUGCUCCAGCCCGCGGUAAAACACUAACGCCGCCGUGUCAUGAGGAGUCCCCGGAGUGAGGAGGCACCGCUGUAGGAGACAGGACAGACAAGAUAAAAGAAAAGGACACAUUUGGGUGAAAAGGAGGAGCAGCUGCAGCAGGAGGAGAAGGAAGGGGAGGACCACGUUCCCGCUGCUGCGUCCGUCCGUGAGUCCGAGAAGGAAAGCGGUCUCCCGGCUACGGGAAGAGCCGUCAUGUCCCGGAGGAAGCAGAGCAAACCCCGGCAGAUUAAACGGGCCCUCGGAGAGCUGGAUGGUGGCGAGGACAGCACGCUGGACAGCCACAGCCUGUCAGGGGAAGAGGGCGGAGUCUCAGACCCCGACGGUUCAAUAGAGGGCGACAACAGCUGCUCUAGUCCGCCCCCCCCACCAUACAGUGAAGAGCUGCAGGACUCACGAGGAGGAGGAGGAGGAGGAGGUGAAGGUGGAGGAGAAGAAGAUGAUGGAAGUGAAAGUCUAAACAUUGAUGAAGAUAAUGAAGGAGAAAAGGAGGAGGAGGAGCCAGGUCUGAUGCUGAGUGGUGGGGAGGAAGAAGAGGAGGGACGUAAAGAGGAGGCAGUGACAGCGUCACGGUGGACCGGACCAGACGAGCUGCAGAUUGAUGGAGACCACGACGACGUCAACAGGAGGGUGGUGGCCCUCAGACGGCUUCGCCCAGAAACCACAUGGGGCCCUUAUCCUGGAACCGUCCAAUCAGGGAGCAGCACGGAGGAGCAGGAGGAGCAGGAGGAGCAGAAUUCCAGGUUGGCUGUAGUGUGUAAGGAUUCAGACUGUUGGAUCAGUCAACUUCCUUUGACCUCUGACCUCUUGGCAGCCAACUGUACCAUCUACAGCCGAGGUGAGCAGCUCUUCUGUAAACUAACCCAGGAGCUCGGAGCGGGGGAGGGGCUGUUGGCGUCCCUGCACUCGUCUGCCCCCCCUGCUGCUCGUUCCGCCCCCUCCUCUCCGUCCCAGCCCCGUCCCUCUCCUCCUCUCGGCCUGGAGGUGGUGGUGAAGGAUGAGCCGGUCUCGUACCCUGCGGCGCUGCACUCUGACAUCCAGCUCCUCCCCCAGCAGGCGGGCAUGGCCGCCAUCUUAGCCACCGCCGUCGUCAACAAGGACAUCUUCCCCUGUAAGGACUGUGGGAUCUGGUUCCGCAGCGAGAGGAACCUCCAGGCUCACCUCAUGUAUUACUGUGCCAGCCGUCAGAAGCAGCCCGCCGCCGCCGCCGCCGCCGCCUCCUCCUCCUCACCGCCGCCAUCAUCUCAGGACAAACCCAAAGAGUCCUACCCCAACGAACGCCUCUGCCCCUUCCCACAGUGCAACAAGAGCUGCCCCAGUGCCAGCUCCCUGGAGAUCCACAUGAGGACACACAGUGGUGAACGUCCAUUCGUCUGUCUCAUUUGUCUGUCGGCCUUUACCACUAAAGCCAACUGUGAGCGCCACCUGAAGGUGCACACAGACACACUGAACGGCCUGUGUCACGGCUGUGGAUUCGUGUCCACCACCAGGGACAUCCUCUACAGUCACCUGGUCACCAGUCACAUGGUCUGCCAGCCAGGAUCUCGCAGUGAGGUCUACUCACCUGGACCAGGACUUCCCAAACUUCCCCUGUCCACUGGUCUCAGUCCAGGGGACUCUGGCGUCGUGCUCAAGUGUCAAGUGUGUGGUCACAACUGUGAGUCCCCAGCUCAGCUCCAGCAGCACGUACGGUCCCACCUAGAGGUCAGGGUUCCUGCCGAAAGGAGCUCCACCCCACGUCAAAUGACCCCCGCCUUAGUUGACGCUGCCCAGCUCCAACCGUCUCCGCACGAUCGUGAGCCAGUCGCCUGCACCCCUCAGCCAGAGUCGUCCAGUCCAGGGGCUAACGGCAGCUCGGCCACGCCCCGGGAGUACAGUCCUGGCCCCAUCACAGCUGUGAAGGUUAAGGAGGAACCACAGUCAGACUCGGAGAUGCAGGAGCAGCCGAUGGACAUGAAGGAGGACCGAGAAGAGGGAGAAGCUGCUGACUCAGGGGUGAGGGGAACCACGGAGGGACAAACCAGCACCCUGUCCAGUCAGCGGUCAGGGUCUCCUAAGAGUCCUACCUCAACCGUGAAGGCCGAACCAACUAGUCCAACUCCUGGUUCCAGCCCUGCUCAUGUGGGAGGAUUGGAGUCGGUUCUUCCUGGAGGAGCCGUGUUCCUGCCUCAGUACUUGUUCAACCCUGAGGCAGCAAUUUUGCCCCAGGCCUCAGAAAUCCUGGCUAAGAUGUCGGAGAUGGUGCACAGCCGCCUGAAACAAGGUCAGGCGGUUCCUCCGAGCAGCCCUGCCUUCUUCCCCGCUGGUCCCAUGACAUCCACGGCCGUAGCCACACCUCCUCACAAAGGAGCCACCUGCUUCGAGUGCGACAUCACUUUCAACAACAUCAACAACUUCUACGCACACAAGCGCCUGUACUGUUCCAGCAGGCACCAGGGAGACUGUGCAGCCUCAGCUUCAGUCCCAGGGCUGACCAGGGAUGCAGCCACACCUUUAGCACCGUCCAUGGUGACGCAAGGUCCCUCUGUGUCACCUCAGGGUGGACCAGCGAGCAGAGCAGCUUCAGCUUCUCCACCUGAUUCUGACUGUGCCAAUGGAGAACUGAGGAGAGGGGUGGAGGUGAAGACGGAACCCCCCGUGGGCAGGGAGGGCAUUCUGUCAUCUUCAGAAGGAGAGAUUGGCAGUGCGAGUACGGGAGGAGCAGGUGGAGGAGGAAGGGCCAGUGAGGGCAGCCAGAGUCCUGCCAGUGGUUCAGCUGAGGACCUGGAGGACGAUCCGAACAGAACUUUCUGCGAGGCCUGUAACAUCCGUUUUAGCCGUCAUGAAAACUACACAGUCCACAAACGUUUCUACUGCGCUUCACGCCACGACCCGUCCAACCAGAGAGCCAUUCACCUGGCCAAGGCCACCACCGCUGCAGCCUUCCACCCCCAGCCUAUACGCACACGCAAGCGCAAGAAGAUGUACGAGAUCCACAUGGCCAGGACUGAGGCCUUAGCUAACGCUGCAGCCGCCGCCGCUGCCGCCACUGCCGCCUCCGCCGCCUCGGCUCCGUCACCCUCCAUUCUUGGUAUGGUGGUAAAGCAGGAAGUCGCUUCCGGCGCAGAUGGCAGCUCCAGCCCUGAAGGAGACGGUCCGAUUGACCUCAGUAAGAGACCCCGUCUGCAAGAAGGUCCACGGCAGGGAGCCAAUAGCAGCGUUCAAAUCCCCGCCCUGCCUCUCACCGACUAUCACAAAUGCACCGCCUGCAGCAUAAGUUUCAACAGCCUCGAGAACUACCUGGCCCACAAGACCUACUACUGCCCGGCCACCACGCUCCAGCACCACACUCUGGAGCAGCUGCACAGGCUGAAGCGCUCCGCAUCCACCUCGCCCAAAAGUAGACCGCAGCCGGAGCGUCCAGUGGAGUCCAAAGCCGAGUGGGUGACCCAGUCCGGGGGCUCGUCAUCCAGUCCUCAACCCUCAGCUUCAUCGUCCUCUGUCGCUACUCCUCCUCAUAACUCUGCUGUUAGCACCACCCAGGCACCAGCACCAGGAACCGGAGUCACAGUUUCAGGUACCGCUUCUCUAAUAAGGGUGUGUCCAUACUGCCCCAACAAGCCAAUCACAUGUGACCUAAUGGAGCACUUCAAGAUGGUCCACAGUCUUCUGGUAACAGUCCAACAACCACCAGAGGCGCUGCUGCAGUCCAGCCCUAGUCCCAGAGACACUGGUCCUGGAUCUGCAAGCGUUUCCCAAAGCCCAAACAUCCAGGUCCGACCAAAGGUCCACAGAGAGGACGUCAACGGACAGCUAAAGAGCAGGACGUCUUCUCCUGUCUCUCCAACGGUCAAAAGCACUCCCUCAUCUGGAGGUGAUUCACCAUCCGCCACCUCGCCUCUGUCGAUCUCACCCUCCGGGGCUCCACCGGUGUCACCUGUGCCUGAGGUCCUAAGACAGACGGUGGGGUCGUUCCACUUCUCAGAGAAGGCCACCACGACCGCCCCCGCCCCUGUGUCCAGCCCUGCCCCAGUCGUCGGCGUUAAAACAGCAGUGAUCUCACCCAUCCAGAACGGUAACUCGCGCUUCUGCCGGCUGUGCAACAUCAAAUUCAGCAGCUUGUCCACCUUCAUCGCACACAAGAAGUACUACUGCUCCUCCCACAGCGCCGAACACGUCAAGUGAGCCCAGGGCGUUCUGUUCCUGCUCCGCGGUCGGCUCUCUCUCGCUCUCUUUCCUUUAAAUCUUCCUGAUUGGAGGGUGCCCCUCCCUGUGGUCUGAGAACCGACUGCCGUUGUUGUUCCCUUCGUGCGGCAGCGUCGUACCCAUGGCUAGCACACCUGCCAAUGACAAUGAGCGACUGUUACUUGACGUAGGGCGGGGCCUGGGCUUCCUGAAGCAGGAUCUGCAGCUGGUCUUAUGAACCCUUAUGUUUUGGAUCCGAUGUUGCGCCUCCUAUGGGUCAAAGUUUGCAGUUCACACUAUGCCUCAUUGCUGCCCCCUGUCAUCUUUAUCCCAGGCUUCACAGUGUGUUGGGUAAUGAGAUGAUAAAAUGUCUCUGAUGUUGAUGAUACACAACAUAGAUAGUACAUAGAUUCUGACGGUUGGGGGCGCUAUUUGUUAGUGAUUGUUCAAAAACUAUCAUUUUAAUGAGUCUACGGUCGCGUUCCGUCAUUUUUGUCAUACGGAAAGACCGGGAUUACUGUUAAUUGUUUUGAGUUUUUUUUCUUUAAAUUUUAACCAUCUGUGCAGAUGCUACGCUGAUGAUGUGAUGAUGUGUAAAAAAUAAUUCUAUAAUGCUUUUGGUUUCAACACUGGCUCUUUUUUUCUCUCUAUAGAAGCUGAAGCUGAAAACAGUCGUAUGUUUUCGCCAUGUUACUAAUAACUGAAGGAGAAUAUUUCAAAAUGGACGAUUUUUUCUUUUGUACUAUUUUACUUUGAAAACGUUAGGGAGACUUGUAAGUAAAAAAUGUGAAAUAUUUAUCGUUAGUCCUCACUGAUUUCAUGUCAACAGAAAACUACCUACGAGUGUUGGAGCAUGUUUGUUUUUUAUUUGUCUGUUUUUCAUACUGUCAGAAGGUGGCGGCGUAGGCCGUUUGUUUUGAAGCGUAAAUUUUCCUUUCACGUGGACCACACUGAACCUCGCUGUUAGCAUCACUCUGUUUUAUCUGUUGUCUUUAUUUCACGCCAUUUCAUCCAUUUCCUCCUAUGGUGUUGUCAAAGAGAGUAGAAAAUGAUGCAGCGCCACCUGGUGGUUAGAAAUUACAAAACACAAAAAGUGUCAAUCAAUUUUUUCUCGUGAAAUGUCUCAAAGACACCUCGACGUCAGAACAAAUCAACGACGUGGACACAUUUGUCACGCAGUAAUUGUCAGCGUGAACGCAAAUAUUUUGAAUUAACCAAAUGAAAGUUUUUCAAUAGCCACCUUAAAAAUCUACAUUUCAGCACUGGAAUUCUUUGUAGUCUUCCGACACAGAUCACGUGACCCCUGAGGUCAACGUGCUCUAACGUUUUUUAAUUUAAAUUCUGAUGAUUUCCCAGGGUGCUCUCUGGUUCAACACCAUCUCAUGACACUAAACUGAUUGGUUAAAAUUAUGUUACAUCAUUGGGAACUACCAUCACCGUGGGCUGACACACACA